CCACAGGGGGUCGGGUUACCCCCAACCCGGGCCACAGGGGGUCGGGUUACCCCCAACCCGGACCACAGGGGGUCGGGUUACCCCCAACCCGGACUACAGGGGGUCGGGUUACCCCCAAUCAGGUUACCCCCAACCCGGGCUACAGGGGGUCAGGUUACCCCCAACCCGGACUACAGGGGGUCAGGUUACCCCCAACCCGGUCUACAGGGGGUCAGGUUACCCCCAACCCGGACUACAGGGGGUCAGGUUACCCCCAACCCGGUCUACAGGGGGUCAGGUUACCCCCAACCCGGUCUACAGGGGGUCAGGUUACCCCCAACCCGGGCUACAGGGGGUCGGGUUCAGCUAAAGGAUGUUUAUUAAAGUGUUAUUUAUUAUUUAUGAUCUCUGAGUAACUUUACAAGAACAUAAAAUGACAAUACAAAAGGCUAAAGUUAUAUUCUGCACCUUGUUAUUCGGAGGUCAACAAUAUGAAGUGAAUUCAAUGUAUUAAAAAUGUUUUUACUUGAACAAGUUUUAAUUGAAUUUAAGCAAAACAAAGUUUAUGUUUUUUUUUUUUUAAAUGCUAAUCUAACAUCUACAGAGCCCCUAAAGUCCCAAAAAGUUUUAAAAAGUGAUAUAAAUUGUGUGCACAUGAUAAUAACUGAUGCAACCCAUAUAAUUAUUAUAUAUCAUAUUUUCUAUCUGCUGUUCUUCAGGUUUUCAUACCAAACUUGUAUUUACAACAUUUAUCUCCUGAAGCCAAAAAAAUGAAAAAAUAAACUAAAUCAGUUAAUCUGAGGGUAUCUGAUAGUGAGCAUGUCUGGACCUCCAUCAAUCAACAAUGUGCACACAGCACACUGAACGAGAUAUAUAUUAUCCUUAAAUAUAAUCAUUUUCUGGUCAUGCAAUAUAUUCAGACUUUUGCGAUCAGUUCAUUGUGGUCAAAUCAUUGUCAGCUCAGAUCGCGAUAACGAUGCCAUAGCGAUUUAUUGAAGAAAGAUUUAUUACAUACUGAACACCUUACUGAGCUUUUCUCUUAAUGUUUACUCAACAGGUCAUUAAGUUAGCGGUGACAAACUGGGACAAGCAAACGUGUCGACAGAGGAGGGACCAUGGCGUUCGAGGAGAUCAAGGACAUGGGGAUGGACGGAGACCGAGGCCUCGUUGCCGGCCGUAGCCAGAGAGAGAAGAGGAGGUCGUACAAAGAUCUGCUCAGAGAGGAAGAGGAGAUUGCUGCUCAGGUUCGGAAGUCUUCCAAGAAACGUCCCAAGGAUUCAGAACUUUUCAUGCUCGGAGGAGACUCGCAUAAAAAGAAGAAGAAACACAGUGACGACCACUAUUACAGAGAACACGAUCAUUCAGGUCCACCUCCUCAUAAGAAGAAGCACAAGUCUGCAGAUCGCUCUCCUACGCUCUCCUCCACUUCGUCCUCCCACCCGACAGAUACAGCCAUGGGCCUCCUGCAGGCGAUCACCUCCCCUCUGGCCACAGGCUCAGACCCCAGCCCCCACCUGCACAAGAAACCCUCCUACCCCUCCUUCUCCUCGCACUCCUCUAAGGACCGCAAACGCGAGGGCAGCAGCGGCGGCGGGAGCAAAGGGAGCCACUCCUCUCACUCCCGCCCCGCUUCCUCGUCGUCAUCUUCCUCUAAGAAGCACUCCUCCUCGUCCUCAAAGUCGUCUCUGUUCCACGGCGGAGCCCCGAAAGAGGAACCGUUGACGUUGCGAGAGGCCGACGGGCUGAAGAUGAAGCUCAUCAUGUCGCCGGAGAAAGAGGAAGGAGAGAGCUUCCCGUUCACGCCUCACUCGUCCAAAGGAGGCACGAAGAAAGAGAGGGAUCGAGACAGGAUGCAGGUCUCAAAGACGCCCAAGAAGAAACAGCAGCAGAGUCGAGAUCCGCUGCCCGUAGUGGGCAAAGAGGUGGAGGUGGAAGGUCAUUAUGGAGGAGGCAUGGGAGACGACAGCUCCUCAUCAGGGGGGGAGCUGGAGGCCGGUGAGCUGGUUAUCGAUGAUUCAUACACACACCUGUCGAAGAAGAAGAAGAAGAGCAAAAAGAGCAAGAAGAAAAAAGACAAAGAAAAAGACAGAGAUAAGGAGAAGAGUGGGAAGGACAAGAAGCACAGCAAAGGCUUUGGAGACUCCUCGAGGAGCCACAGCCACUCCCACCCCACUGUCACCCACAGCUCUGUGGGGCCGAUGUACGCCAUGGGCACGCCCGUCCCUCAACACCACCAUCCGGGCAGCGACGGAGUGCCAGAGAAGAAGAAGAAGAAGAAGGAGGAGAAAGAUCGGGAAAAGCACGAGAAGGAAAAAGACAAGCCCAAGAAGAAGAACACAACGGCCUAUCAGGUGUUCUGUAAAGAGUAUAGGGUCAACAUUAACGCAGAGCAGCCAGGACUAGUGUUUGGUGAGCUGAGCAAGAAGUUGGCCGAGGUGUGGAAGGCGAUGCCAGAAAAAGACAAACUAGUGUGGAGGCAGAAGGCUCAGUACCUGCAGCACAAACAGAACAAAGCGGAGGCCACCACGGUCAAACACAAGAGUGCCAGCGAGGGCAAGAGCAAAGUUGUAGGAGCAGGAACGGGGAUGGUCUCUCCCAACAGAGCGCCCAGCAACCUGUCCCUGUCUCCAGCUCGAGUCCCUGAUGUAGAUCCCAUCGAUGCAGCGGCUCACCUGCAGCUCCUGGGGGAGUCCCUGUCUCUGAUUGGACACAGGCUGCAGGAAACAGAGGGAAUGGUGGCCGUGUCCGGGAGUCUGUCUGUCCUCCUGGACUCGAUCCUGUGUGCACUCGGACCGCUGACCUGUCUCACAGCACAGAUACCAAAGCUGAACGGAUGUCCUCGAAACGUCCUGUCUAAUACGUUGGAUAAUAUCGCCUACAUCAUGCCUGGGCUGUGAGCGACGGACUAAAUCAAUGUGAACUGAUGUGAACUCAGACGUCAGCGGGAGGAGUGACCCUUGGACUUUAACUUAAGCCACCGAUGACGUCUGAACGCUGAUAUUUUUAGUGUCGACAUGUUUUUAAAGUGUAUUUUUUUUAAAAACCUAGUUCUCUUAAUUUUCUAAUUGUGAUAUUUUUUUAAAUGAAACAUUUUAUCGACCGUGUUAAACUCUGGGCACGUGAGCGUAGUUUUACCGUUACUGUACUGAGAGAUUCUGUGUGAUUCGGUUUGAAUGUGAAGCGUUUGUUUCGCUGUAACGUCGGUUUGUUUGUGUGACUUUCACAAUAUUAGGUUUUUUAUUUUUUUUAUGUACAGAAACAUUGAAGCUGUCGUCUUUGGUUCUCAUCAACAUAAUAUAUAUUUGACACCUGCUUAGUUUUUCUUGUACUCUGUAAAAAGUGAUGUUUUUUACAUUUGAUAUUUUAACGUGCAGCGUUUAGGUUCAGAGUUCACCAUAAAGAUUUAAUCAGGAGCUGUAGAGACAAAAAUCACCUCAAUAAAAUACCAUCUGUUCCUAAA